AUGUUGACCCUGCCCUUGACCAGCAUGCGCAAGACCAUCGCCAAGCGUCUCACGCAGUCCAAGACGGAAAUACCGCACGCCUACAUGCAGUGCGAGGCUCGCAUUGAUCGCCUGCUCAGCUUGCGGAAGCAGCUGAAAACUGAGGGCGUCCAGGCCUCCCUCAACGACUACAUCAUCAAGACGGUGGCGCUUGCUCUCCGGCUGCAUCCCGAAGUUAACUGUGUCUGGAACGGCGAGCAGCUGGAGCGGGCGGCCGAUGUGGACGUGGCCGUGGCAGUGGCCACGGACGCCGGCCUCAUCACGCCGAUCGUGCGCGGCGCGGCCGGCCGCUCGGUGGCGGAGAUCGGACGCCUCGUGCAGGAGCUGGCCGGCCGCGCGCGCGACGGCAAGCUACGCCCGCACGAGUUCCAGGGCGGCACGUUCACGAUAUCCAACCUGGGCAUGUUCGGCGUGGACGAGUUCAGCGCCAUCAUCAACCCGCCGCAGUGCGGCAUCCUGGCGGUGGGCGGCGGCCGGCCAGAGCCGGGUGUGGGCGGCAGCACUGAGACCCUGAUGACCUGCACGCUGUCGUACGACGCCCGGGCCGUGUCCGAGCAGGAGGCGGCCGCCUUCAUGGAGACGCUGGCGGCGCUGCUGUCGGCGCCCGAUCUCCUGCAGACCAGCGCGCGCCGCGAGAUCCUGCAAGUCGGCUGAUCGGGCGCGCCGCGGGCCCAUGAAGUGCGGCGGUCGCGUGUUCGGUGGCCGGCUUGGGCUGGCUCCAGCGCUGGGUGGGGCCCAGGACCGCCGGCUGUUAGUGCGGCGGAGUGGAGUCACGGCCGGUCGGAUGCGGCGCGGCGUUCUGUUGUGAUGUGGCUCCGCCUGGUUGUUUUGGUUCUUUGUAGUGAAUGGUCGGUCUGCUAGGUGGAAUAACGGUGUUUGCUCCAUAUGGGAUAACACACGAUCGGUAAAGCGCGUAUUGUUUUGAAUUGCCUGUUAUCCCCACCAGUUCCUCCCCAGUCUGCAUACAGUGGUACUGAAGAGCCGUACACCGGAUCGGGGUUCAACUGGGAGAUCUUAUGACUGUUUCUCGUAUGUGUGUAUCGUCUGGCAAUACAACGGUGUGGUGAACUUU